AUCAGCUUCCGGGGUUAUGGCGGUGGUUGGAGGUGCAUGUGGUUUGUGAAAUAUAUACAUUUAAAAAACGAAUAUUAUGAGCUCUGAACGGGGAAAUGUCACAAGGAAGCGAGCGCAGAAACAUCAAAAUGUUAUUGUGUUUAAAAAUGACAAGUAUGACAAAAGUAAAAAGUUAAAGAGGUUAAAUGCUAUCACGCAUGCAGGUGUAUGCAAACGAUGCAAGGAAGUGUUGGAAUGGAAAAUAAAAUAUAGCAAGUAUAAGCCACUUAGUCAGCCUCGGAAAUGUGUUAAAUGCCAUCAGAAGACGGUGAAGGAUUCUUACCACAUUAUGUGUAAACCAUGUGCUUUCAAACUGGAACUCUGUGCCAAAUGUGGGAAGAAGGAAGAGAUUGUGCAUCCGUUGACUUCUUCAGAAACCCAAAAUGGAGAAGGCGAUGCUGAAACAAAUCCUGACACAAGAAGUUGCAUGAAAGAAAGUAAAGGUGAUGAGGGUGGUGAUGCCAAUAGUACUGAAGACUCUGAUUUUGAUGGUGAUGAUGGCAACAAUGUUAAAGAUGGAGCCAAGUCCAUUGAAGCAUCUUUAAGUCAUCCAUCCACCCAACAAACUGACAUGCCAUUGCAGAAAUCAAAACCAUUGAAGAGCAAACAAACAACAGCCCAGGGAGAGCUCGACUUUUCCAGCCUGAAUCUUGAGGAUUGAGGCAACAACCAGUAUGCAUGCAAGAGCUUGAUCAUUGCCGUAGGUGGUUACGUAACUGUCUGACAUGCAUAUCAACUAAACAGUGUUUCCUUUGAGAUCCUUUGCAUAGGUAGGAACAUGCGAUGUUGCCAGAAUGCUAUUGUGAAAGAGAAAGAGUGGAGAAAUUAGUGCAAGAUUAUUGACUAUUAAUUACACUCGUCCCUUGCACAGUCGGGUCCAUUGCCUGAACUGAAUGUGCAACAGUGGUUAUAGUGAGCAAUUGAUACUCACACACACUUAGUGCUCACAUCCAAAGGCAAAUUUCUCUCCCAUAUUGUAAAAGUCAAUUAAACUAAUGGCUUGGAGACCUUCGACAGAUGUGACCUAACCAUACUUAGGAUUUACUAAUGAUUAUUGUAUGGUUUACAAUGUCCAAAUUAAAUAUUAUCUUUUGAAUUUAUGAAAAUUUGACUAAUUAUUAUUAACUUAAGCUGUUGCUACAGAGUGGGGCAAUUAACUACAUUGUUGUAGUGGUCAGACUUUCUCUUUGUUCUGAAGGAUUGUUGUAUUUUAUAAAUCGUCUUUAAAAUUAAUUACAAUCUUGCAUACCUUCUGCUAAGUCACAUAAAUAAAACCAGCAAAAUGUAUUCUCUGGAUUUUAAAUGUUCUUUGACUUUAGAAUAUACCUUGUAUGUUCAUGCAGAAAUGUAAAUAAAUCAAU